CGUGCAGAGCCUUUUUAUUAUACACCCCUUCUUUUUUUCUAAAAAAAAAAAACAAAAAAAAAAGCUUUACUUUUAUACACAUUUAGCUUUUUCCCUAUAAACCACGAAAGAAAGCCUUUUCUUUUUUUUUAAUAGAUUCCCUUUUUUUUUUUAUAAACCAUGUCUCGUUUCUUCCGUAAUUCAGAUUCAGAAUCAGAUUCUGAUACUUCCUCUGACAAUGAUUCCUUGUAUUCUCAAUCUGAUUCAGAGUUCGAUUCCGAUGCCGAAAGUUAUCAUUCUGAAGCCGAACAACAACAACAACAACCCAGAAAUCGUUUCUUGAAGGGUGAAACUGACUCUGAAGAUUCUGAUGAUGAAUCUAAUAGAAAACGCCAAGCUAAAUCUCAAAAAGAUAAACGUAUUGAAGAAAUGGAAACAGCUGUCAAGGCAAUUGAAAAUGGCCAAAAGAAUAACGAUUGGAAUUUGAUUGCAACUGAAUUUGAUAAACUUACAAUUACCAUUUCCAGAGCAACUACUGGUUUCAAUGCUAUUCCUUUACCUAAGUUUUAUAUUAAGACUAUCGUUGAACUUGAAGACCACUUGGCUGAGAAUCUUCAAAAAGAUAAAACUAAUAAGAAAAAGGGCAGUAAUAGUAAAGCUAUGAAUAACUUGAAGCAAAAACUCAAAAAGAUCUCCAAGCAAUAUGAUGAGCCUAUUGCUGCUUAUAAAAAGGAUCCUGAAGAGUUUAUGAAAGAAGUGGAAGUUGAAGAGAGACCUUCUUCACCUAUGAAAAAGAAGGAAAUUGCUCCUCAAGCUAAUGUUGCUGCUUCAAUUGCUGAUGAUGAUGAAGGCUUUACUUCCGUUGGUAAGGGUGGCAAGUCUAUUGUUAGUGUUACUUCAGAAAACCUUUUGGGCCGUUUAAGAGAAGUUUUGGAAAGUCGUGGUAAAAAGAACACUGAUCGUAAUGAACAAGUUACUAUUUUGGAAGCAUUGUUGGAAAAUGCUCAGUCUCCUUUCCAAAAGAUUUCUGUUUUGUUAGCACUUAUCUCUUAUCGUUUUGAUAUUGUAACUGCUAGUAAAGAAGCAUACAUGGAUAACAGCAAGUGGAAUUCUGCUGCCGAGGAAUUCAAUUACUUACUUAAAGUUCUUGAAACCAACAAAUCCUUCGUUGUUACAGAAGAUGCUGAUGAUCUUGAUAAUGAGGAUAGAGAUGUUGUUCCUAAAGAAGGAGAAGUUGUCAAGAUUCGUGGUUCUAUUCUUAGUUUUGUUGAGCGUUUGGAUGAUGAAUUCAGCAAGUCACUUCAAAACAUGGAUCCUCACUCUACUGACUAUAUCGAUCGUCUUGGUGAUGAACCCUCUGUUUAUGCCAUGUUAGAUCGUGCUCAAGUUUAUUGUGAAGUUAAUAAUAUUGCAUUUGCUCUUCCUAGAAUCAUUGCACGCAAAUUGGAUCAUGUUUAUUAUAAGCCUGAAAAGCUUAUUACUGCCCUUCAAACUGCUUCUAAGAAGCUCUUACCUACAUAUAUUGUAUCUAAAGUCAUCACUGCUGAAGAGCCUGCUGAAUUGGUUAACCAACUCUGUAACUAUCUUUACAAGGAUGAUUCCACUAUUUUCCGCACCCGUGCUAUGCUCUGUCAUAUCUAUCACUAUGCACUUCACAAGAAGUAUUACACAGCUCGUGACUUGUUGUUGAUGUCUCAUGUUCAAGAUUCUAUUCAUCAAGCUGAUAUUGCCACACAAAUCCUCUAUAACCGUACCAUGGUUCAAGUCGGUAUUUGUGCUUUCCGUGAGGGUUUGGUUAAGGAAUCAUACGCUGCUCUUUCUGAGAUUCAAAACUCUGGCCGUGUUAAGGAACUUUUGGCUCAAGGUGUUCAAGCUCAACGUUUCAACCAACCUGCUAACCCUGAAUUGGAUGCUAUUGAACGUCAACGCCAAUUGCCUUUCCAUAUGCAUAUCAACUUGGAGCUCCUCGAAUGUAUUUUCUUAACUUGCUCCAUGCUUUUGGAAAUUCCUGCACAAGCACAGGCUGGACCUAACAAUAAUAAGAAGAAUAUCAUCUCUCGACCUUUCCGUCGUUUACUUGACUAUAAUGAACGUCAAGCAUUCUGUGGACCACCUGAAACAACUCGUGAUCACAUCAUGAGUGCUGCCAAGGCCUUAGCUUCAGGUGAAUGGGAAAAAGCUAGAGACUUUAUGUUGGCUAUCAAGGUGUGGGAUUUGAUGACUGAAGUUAAGGAGAUUAAAGAAAUGCUUGUUCUUAAGAUUCAAGAAGAAGGUCUUCGUACCUAUCUUUUCACUUAUUGUUCUUAUUACACUACAUUGGGAUUGGAACAAUUGUCAACCAUGUUUGGAUUAUCAGUCAAUAGAGUUUCUGCUCUUGUUGCCAAGAUGAUCUUUGAUGAAGAAUUGGCAGCAUCACUAGAUCAAGUUUCUCAAUGUAUCGUUCUUCACCAAGUUGAACCUUCUCGACUUCAAGUUUUGGCUUUGCAAUAUUCAGAAAAGGUUGCUAAUCUUGUUGAUCAAAACGAACGUUUGAUUGGCAAUGCUCCUAAUAAUAAUAAUAAUAACAAUACAAGCAAUACCAAUGCUAAUGCUGGUUUCUCCCGAACAAACAAUCGUAACUUUUAA